GCAGCUUUAAGAGGCGCCGGUCCCUCAGCUGAACCAGACCCAGGAUGGGCGUUCAAGGACUGACCAGGUUCAUAGAGGCUCACCCACAGAUCUACCUGGACGUCCAGUUCAGGAAGAGACGGCUGGUGAUCGACGGCUGUAACCUGCUCUACCUGCUGUACUUCAACUCAGGUCUGGACCAGAAUCACGGCGGGGAGUAUGCUGCAUUUGAGGAGCUCAUUGAGAAGUUCGUCAAGGCCCUGAGAGACUGCGAGGUCGCACCGUACGUGGUCCUGGACGGGGGGUCGGACCACACUGACAAGAAGCUUGAAACGUUGACGCGCAGAGCUGCGGACCGGAUCAGGAGAGCCCACCAUGCGGCGCAGACCGGCGUGCAGACGAAGAUCCUGCCGCAGCUGGUCAAGCUGGUGUUCAGACAGACGCUGGCUCGGCUGCAGGUCCCGGUGGCUCAGUGCUACGGAGAGGCCGACCGGCAGAUCGCCGCCCUGGCCAGGGAGUGGGAGUGCCCGGUGCUUUCCAACGACAGCGACUUCUACAUCUUCGACCUCCCGGCGGGGCUGCUGCACAUCUCUCACUUCCAGUGGGAGGCGGUGGAGCGAAGCGGCUCGCACAGCUACAUCCCCUGUAAGAGCUACAGAACCUCCAGCUUCUGCUCCCUGUUCAACAUGCGGUGCCAGCUCCUGCCCGCCUUCGCCUCCUUGGUCGGGAAUGACUACGUGAACCUGCGGAGGAUGGAAACAUCCAUCAGCUGGAUACCGAGCCACCUGGAGGGGCUGCUCUGCUGGCUGAGGGGCUUCCACCUGCCUCAGGAGGCCUUGGAUGCUGUGCUGGGGCUGAUGGGAGAGCUGAGCAGGGAGAGACAGGAGGAGGUGCUGCAGGGUUUGCAUCUGGGCAUGCAGGAGUACCAGCUCCCCCCCAGCUCCCUGAAGAUGUUCUUCGUCCACGGGACAGCACCUCCAUUCCCAGCAGAACAAGUGGCAGCUCUCGUCCCGGACUGGACGCGGCUGCCGCUGACGCAGGCCCGGCUGACCCCGGACAUCCUGGACGUGCUGCUGUUGAAGAGGAUGAGCCUCAGCUUCCCCGUGGACCGCGGCGACAUGCCCAGCGCUCACCUGACCUCCAGGCCGCUCCGCCAGGUGAUGUACGGGCUGCUGCUGGGCAGAGAGCUCCAGGUGACGGAGAGAGACAGAGAAGACGUCCAGCUGAGAGACGUCCCAGUCCCUCCCGUCUUCACAGGCCUCACUCGGCAGCUGACACUCCCCUCACUGGAUAAGGCGGAGCCCGCUCUGCGUCUGCAGGUGUUACUGGAGGCCCUGGGGGUGACCGAGGCCUCGCUGAGCCACCUGCCGCCUCAGCUGCGCCUCCCGGUGGCCGUCACCUGCUACUGGCUGCAGAGAGCCGAGCCUCGUCCGGAGGAGAGGCUGCUGAAGGCGCUGCUGCUGGGACUGAGCGAUGAAGACGCACUGAGACACAGAGCAGUUUUGCAGAAUCAGCAGCCACCACAGCUGGAUGUGGGGGUGGUUCAUGCCUUCAACCAAUGGCAGGCCUGCCUGAAGGACAGCGUCCACCUGAACCAGCUGCUGGGCUUCCCGUUACCUGAACCUCACAUCGCACGGUUGUAUGAGGGGACGUUGGUCCACCACCUGGUCCACCUGAUGAGGACAGGAGGAAAACUGAAGAGCUUUCUGAAGAGCGCUCCUUCAAGUGUGAAACGGUACCACUCCAUGCUGGCCGCCGUCCGCCAGCUUCGCACCGAGGAGGCGUCAACGCUGCCAGAGACCCAGACGAGAGCCACGGCGCCAUGGCGAGAGCGGCAGCAGCCCGUGGACGGCCUGACCGCGAACCUGCAGCAGCUGUUCCUGCAGUGCGAAGACGACCACGAGGCCGGAAGCGUCGUCAGAGCAGAGAAGGAUCUGCGUCUGCAGGAUCUGGUGUCGCUGAAAACUCGGUACAGAACGAAAGAGAGAAGCAACCGGUGCCACAACCCUGAAAUGGCCCGCAAAGAGGAGUGCAGGGGCCAGGACCUCCUGUGAGCUCAGGGUCCAGGACCUCCUGUGAGCUCAGGGUCCAGACCUCAGUCCAAACACCUCAGCAAACUGGCGCUGCUGUUGAAAAUGAAUUUAUGAUUCAUCAAGAUCUCAUUCGGCACAAACAGCACCAUGAAUGAAUCCCUGUAAAGCUGCGUUGUUUACUUUUUGGCGGGGGGGUUAUAAAAACACAUCAGCUGACAUCUUAUCUAAAUGCAAUUUUUAACUGUGUGCUAACAAAUUUUCUAAGCUGAAAGCUCCAGUAUUCUCUGUCUGAGCCAGUGGCAUGCAUAGGGGGGGACGGGGGGGCUUCCCCCACCCCGUGGCCCAGUUUUUGAAAAACGCGCGCUAAAGUGCCCUCUUGGACUCCAAAACAUGUGCUAAAGUGCCCUCUUGGGAGCCAAAACACGUGCUAAAGUGCCCCCUGGGAGCCAACACGCAUGCUAAA